UUAUCAGGAGAGCAGUGUCACCUGGCAUUCCAGUUUGCCUAAUAAAAUUGGAGAGGGUGAUGAAGGCCGCCCCACCCCCAGCCAGCCAGGUUUCAGGGCUCUAAGGCAGCCUACCUAAGGUUGCUGUAAACAGGCAGCUUGUUGGCCUUUCCUGUAUUUACAGGGACAAUAUCCUGGAAGGCAAAUGAACAAGCAAUGGGAGAUGGACGGCCAACCUCGCAGCCGAGGGGGCGGACCUUCCGUGCGGAGGCUGAUUAUUUGCUGAUGGAGACACAGGCAGACCACUUCCCCUCCUCUCCUCACACUCAGCAGGUCCUGAGAGCUUCAACUCCAGGAAUUUGACUCUGCAAGCCCAGAAGAAAAUCCUGAGCAAAAUGGCCACUAUGGUGGUGGCCAACUUACUGACAGAUGACACCAGCAGCGAGAUCCUGGACGAGCUGUACAAGGCAACCCGCGAGUACACCCAGAGUAAGAAGGAGGCGCACAAGAUCAUCAAGGAUGUCAUCAAGAUUGCUCUGAAGGUCGGCAUCCUCUACCGCAACAACCAGUUCAGCCCAGAUGAGAUGGAGACGGCGGAGCGAUUCAAGAAGAAGAUGAAUCAGGCGGCCAUGACGGCAGUCAGCUUCUAUGAGGUGGACUACACCUUUGACCGGAACAUUCUCUCAGAGCUGCUGCUGGAGUGCCGGGACCUUCUGCAUGAGCUGGUGGAGACCCACCUGACAGCUCGCUCCCAUAGUCGCAUUGACCACGUCUUCAACCACUUUGCAGACGUGGAGUUCCUGUCUGUGCUUUAUGGCUCCUCCGAGGAGUACGGACUUUGCUUGAAGAACAUCUGCCAGGGGAUUAACAAACUUCUCGAGGAGGGUGUGCUUUAAUUCAUGAGCUUCUCUCAUACAUUUGCCUCUAUUUUCUUUCCCGUUGCCUUGUGUGUUAUAAAUUUUGACUGGAUGGAGAUGUCUUCAUGGAUUUAUUAUAUAUACAUAUAUUUUCCCUGGUUUCUCUGGUGUAAGUCUUCUUAUUGUUGUAUAUUUCAGAGUUAGAAAAGCCUUACUAAUUAUGAUUAUGAAUAUUUUAUAGACAUUGCGCCGGUCAUGCCCUGCUCCAUUUUUAACAGCACAUUAGAAAAACAUGCAGCACCGUUCCACAUUUAUUGCUGUGGUUCCAGUCACACCUACGCCCACUUAAAAAUACCUACCCACUGCAGCUUUUUUUAAUCCAACCGCUUAACUCGGGAUGGAAUGCGAUGUGUCACCUUUCCUACAUGGAUCACAAGCGACCGUUGACAGCCUUCACUUUCUGCAAAUCUUUUAUUUAUAUAUUUAUUAUCUUUUUUAAACAGGGCAGCUCUCCAGGGUCAGAGAUUCGAAUAGCACCCCUACUCUGCGCUUCAACAUCGCCUGCCCUCCCUGUGUCAUGCAGAUCUCCUCCCAUUGUCCAAAGAUGUCCAGUUGGGCUAAUUAGUGUCUCUAAAUUGCCUGUAGUGUGGAUGUGUAUGUGUGGUCCAGGGUGUAGCCCCAGCAUGCCUGGGAUAGGCUCCAGGUCCUUCUGCGACCAUGACAAAGAUAAACAGUGAGAAGAUCUUUGUAAGCAUAACACACUACAUCUCCUUGCUGACUGCCUGGUGACUCCAAAUUAGCUAAACAGUCCUGAUUCUCCAGAAGCCAUGUGAAUGUGUGGAUGCAGUUAUUUCAUACUCCCUCCUUGGUAAAGAGUAUAAUAUAAGAAAACGUCUUUUAUUAAAGGUUACUUAUGAAAUUAACCUGGAA